AUGAAAUUAGACAAACACUCAUUGUAUGAUGUUGUAGAAUAUUUACCUCAAAGGUAUUAUAAUAGAUUUAUCUGUGUUAAUAAAAAAUGUUUUAAUAUUGUUGAACAUCAUCCAAAUGAAGUACUUCUUCAUUACAAAUCAAUAACAAGUUCUUCUACAAUUAUUCAAGUUGAAGAACAGAAUUAUUUAGAAUUACCUAUAAGUCAAUUUGAUAAUUAUAUUAACCAAUUUGAACUAUGUUUAAAACUAAAAAUUCUAAAAGAUCAAAAUGAGACAUUAUCUUUUGAAGAACUUAUUACACCUAAUGUUUUCAGACAUUUAUUAGAAAUUAUUAUUUCACUUAAUGUUGUUACACCUAAACUUUGUAUUAAUCUUGAUGAUAUUGGAUUUGGAGAAUUAAAGAUUGUUAUAACUCAAUCAGAAGAAUUUGCUAUUGACCAAUUAGAAAGUGUCAAUAUAAUUAAAAAUAAUUUGGUUAUUCUUAAGUUAUUUGAUUGGAAACUGUGUCAUUUCAUUCAAAAAGAACGAACGAAUAUUCAUGUUGUCAUUGAACCAAAUAAUUUAAUCGAGUUAUAUACAAAUAAGAUUAAUAAAGAAUAUACUUCUUUUAAUUUGAUUAGUUGUUAUCAAGAAUAUCAUGAACAAAUAGAUAAUAAACAAAUAGUAUUAAAUCAAUCACUAUUUAAUGAUUACGAAUAUAAUUCAAAUGAUAACAUUAACUUAUUACUUUCAUUAUAUUUACCAUCUUUACAAUCCUUUAAUCUUCCUUCAUUUUCUAUAGUUAGUUUAAGAACCCACAACCCUUUUAUUGAAUGUUCUAAUUUAAUAGAAUUAACAAUUGAUAUUAAACAUUCACAUUUAACUCAACUACAUUUUAAUUUUUCUCAGUUUACUUCUUUAUCUAAAUUGUGUUUAUUUGCUCACCUAGAAAAUAGGUCUAUAAAAAUUCCAGCUCAAAUACGUUAUUUGGUUUUAAAUCAGUUUGUACGUCAUUUGUCUAAUAUUAUUAUUCUUCAUAAUGGCCAGUAUAUUGGAAAAGGACUUUCUUAUCUUAACCAAUUAAAUUGUCUUGAGGUUGUUGGAAUAUCUGAUGAUAAAGUUGAUUUCCCUCAGUCCCUUCAUUCAUUAAAAAUUCAGUCUGUAGAUAUCGAUGUCAUAAGUACAAAGAAUCUUACUCAAUUAACAAAGCUAUAUAUUCAUGGACCAAAAAUUUCUGAAUUGGAUUUACCAAUUCCGUUAUGUGAACUAACACUAAUUCAGUGUCGUAAAUUACAAACAUUGAAUGUUUACGGUAAAAUGAGACUUAUAGACAAGAUAGAAGCUUGUCCAAAGGUUUCAUUUAAAAAGAAAAUUGAUUAA